AUGUACACUCUUUUAUUUAAAACUACUUCGCUUAUUUACUUAAUCAAUUUAUUGUUGCUUAUUAAGUCAUUCAAAAUUAUAACAAAAAAAACGACCUUUUAAAAUUUGAACACCUAAUUCAUUAUGUUUACUUAUUUGCGGGGGCUGGACAAAAAGGAUUUUAAUUGCACAGAUCCAGCUAUUGAUGAAUUUCCAUCUGAUGGUCUAACGAAAGAAGAAAGAGCAGAAGGUUAUGUGGUCAUCCAUUUUGCCUUGAGUAUUUACAUAUUUAUAGCGUUGGCAAUUGUAUGCGACGAAUAUUUCGUACCAGCUGUGGAGAGGUUAUGCAUUGCUUUGGAUAUGUCAACUGAUGUAGCCGGAGCCACAUUUAUGGCAGCGGCAACAUCGGCUCCAGAGCUGUUUGUAAACAUUAUUGGAACUUUUAUCACUGAAGGUGAUCUUGGUAUUGGAACCAUAGUAGGAUCUGCUGUAUUUAACACAUUGGGUGUUGCUGCAGUUUGUGGUGUAGUUUCAGGAGUGACAAUUAAACUAGAUUGGUGGCCUUUAACAAGAGAUACAUUUAUAUAUGGACUUACAGUGUCAUCCCUAAUAGUAAUUCUCUAUGAUGGUACAGUUCAAUGGUAUGAAGCCUUGGGUUUGGUUUGUUUUUAUUUCGUUUACUUGCUGAUAAUGUACAAUGACAAGAAUCUACAAAAACGUGCUAAAGAAAGCCCGACUUGUCACAAAUUUCCGUGCUUUGAUAUGACUCUGGAUGACAACAUUAAUCGUGAUUCAGUAACCUCAAAGGCUGGGGAAGAUGAUCGUUCAAGCCAUAAUAUGUGUAAACUUCCCACUGGAAAAGGAUGUUUUCAUGCCGUGUGUUGGGUCUUGCAAUAUCCGAUUUACUUAAUGUUCUAUGUUACCAUACCGGAUUGCCGAAUGGAAAAGCUCAGGAAGCUAUAUCCGUUGACAUUUUUGAUGUGUUGUUUUUGGAUAAGCGUUUUGUCAUAUCUUGUCGCAUGGAUGAUUACAGCUGUGGGUGACACAUUCAAUAUUCCGGAUUCAGUCAUGGGAAUAACUUUUCUGGCCAUAGGAACAAGUAUCCCGGAAGCAGUUUCUAGUGUAAUUGUUGCAAGACGAGGUUAUGGUUCUAUGGCGAUCUGCAAUUCAAUAGGUUCAAACACAUUUGACGUUUUAGUUUGUCUUGGUUUCCCUUGGUUAAUCAAAACGAUCUUUUUUCCUUCAACACCGGGAAAUCAUUCCUUGGAUAUAAAUUCAUCAGGCUUGAUAUAUUCAACUGUUACCCUCCUGUCAGCAGUAUUUAUGCUUUUUACUUCGUUCGUAUGCACCAAAUUUACUUUGGGAAAAACAGUAGGUUAUGCAUGCCUUUUUCUUUACAUAAGCUUCGUGAUAUUUGCAAUUUUGAUGGAAAUGAAUGUUUUCUUUGUCGUUAAUUUGCCUAUGUGCACUGUUAACUAAUUGAUUUGUAAUAUCUAAUUUUAUUUAAAAACCAAAUACAAUUUUUUUUUGGAAA